GAGAACACGAUCCACUUGGCUAACACUGAGAAAAGUGGUUUGUGAAAGGACCGGAGAAAGAUCCCAUGCUGGACGCUGCACAGGCUCACCACGGCAGGCUUCCGUCCAGUUUUCCAAGUGAUAAUUCCUGGAAACCUCAUGAAGAUCCCAUCAUGGGGGCGGCAGCUGGCGACCGUGAGGUGAUGUGAGUCUGCAGCGCGUCUGCUCCAGCCACGUUCUCCAGGCUGCCAGAGGAAAGAAGCUGUGCGAGGGGGAAGGAGAAGCAGCAGAGGUUUCAUAAUGUUCCUCGCUGUGGAACGAACCAGCCCGCCUUGCUGGAGCCAGCCCGGUGGGACAGCAUACAACAGGAGCUGGCCUCACAGGCUGCUGAGGCAGGAGGACAGUGACUACAACUGGAGCGACUGUGACGCUGGUCACUUGAGCAAAGUUCCCGUGACGCUGCUCAUCUGCCUCUGCGGGCUGGUGGGGAACGGGGCCGUCCUCUGGUUCCUCAGCUCCCACGUCCGCAGGAACCCCAUCACCGUCUACGUCCUCAACCUGGCCAUUGCCGACUCCACCUUCCUCCUCUCCAUCGCCAUUGCCCUUGUGAUAUUUUACGGCCCAGAGAAACUUUGUCACAGGCUGGGCUCACAGGAUGUGACAACUCUGUUGAACAUGGCCAUCCUCUUCUCUUUCACCACCAGCGUCUACCUCCAGACGGCCUUCAGUGCCGCCACGUCUCUGUCCCUCCUCCCACCAUCCCGCUGCCCCUGCCACCGCUCCUGGCGCUUCCCAGGGCUCCUGUGUGCCCUGCUCUGGGCCCUCUCCUUCCUCCUCACCCUCACCCUCUACUUCUGCCCUGCGGCGCUCAGCGUCUUCGUCCUGAGCUACCUCUUAUCGGUGCUGACCCUGGUGUUGGCUGGUCUAACCCUGCUUGCCAGGGUCUUGUGCUCCUCAUGGCAAUGUCCCCCAAGGACUCUCUGUGUUGUGGUCCUGCUGGCUGUCGUCUUCUUCCCCUUCUUCACUGCUGAUUUUUGUUACUGGCUCUUGCUAAGACUGUUUGAUUUUUCUGUGUUUGUCUUUAACGCCUCUCUCCCGUUGGCCUGCGUGAACAGCACCAUCAACCCUGUUAUUUACUUCUUGGCUGGGAGCUGUGCAGAGAAGUUCACACUCUCCGUUAGGGUUGCUUUCGAGAGGACUUUUGAAGACCUAACAGAGCCCCAAAAUAGAGGCGAAACUCCCAGAGAAAACACAGUGGAAGCAGCUGUUUGAACCUCUGUGGCUGCUUCCUGAGAGAAGAUGCUCCAGGGAUGGAGGUGUCCCAUGAGCCCGGGCAAGCCAAGGAAGAUGACUCUGGUGCGGGUCUGGCCGCAGAUGAAUGGAAUUAGCUGCAACACAAGGAACCGUGCUGGGUGGCACGGGAACUCCUGCCUGGGGUGGACGCUGGCAGCGUGGUAAAAUACCCAUCAAACCCUUUUGUUUUGAAACCUUUGCUUGGAAUCUGUUGUAUCCAACAGGUCUGA